UCUUGAUCGAAUCGGGCAUUAGUUUGCUGAUUUGAUAAUGUGGACAGAUGUUGCAAAGUCAAGCCUUUGGUUUGGUCUUAGAUGUUUAUGUGUCUUGUCUUCUUGUUUUACAAAAGGAGUCAGCUUUAGCAUCUUUUCGGCGAUUUCGCAACUUGGUCUUCUAUUCUUGGGUGCUUCAUUCUCCUCAAAUUCAAUUUUGCAAAGGAAUAAUGAUGAAAAGAAGCGUGAGUUUAAGCUGAAAGAAGAUGACAUUUUGAGAUUUGGUAGACUAAUUCUUCCAGCCACAAACCUUGAAAUUUCAAAGACAAGAGAGCUUUUCUCAGGAGAGCCAUCAAUGACCCUCAACGUAGUUCCAUUUUUGCUUCUAGGAUCUGAGUAUGGCCAUAUUAUAAGAAUGCGGAAGGCUUUUUGCUCUUGGGUUUUUUAAUCUCAUAAUGAGCAGUAUUGGGCACUUUCUUGUUGCUGAGUUUGGCUCAUUGGCAUAUCAUUUUACAGAAGAUAGAAUCAAGGAACUGAAAGAUUUAGAAGAGGCUCAAAAGAAGAACCAAACUUUAAGAACUAUAUUGGCAACACCUUCUCGAGAUUUUGUAAUUUCAAAUGAUGGGAAAGAGUUCAUGGGGAAAGAAAUAUGCGAAGAUGUGGAGGUUGAUUAAGUCAGAGCUGAAUGGGCGAUGUACGUAACAAACUUUCUUUAGUUAUAUAUUGUUGUUUCAGUGAUGUCGGAGGCCAAUGAGUAGGACUGUUCAAUGAGGCGAGUCGCUCUCGAGCCGGCUCGCCUUGUCUGGAAUUGAGUAGACUCAGCUCGAUUCGUGAGAGAGAAUGAGCCGAGUUCGAGCCUGCCUAGGCUUGGCUCGAUAGGCUCGUGAGCCGAGCCAGGCUCGAAUUAUUGGGGGGUUUUAGGGGUUUUUUAAAGUAUGGGGGAUUAAACUAAAAAUUUAAAAACAGAAAGUUUCCAAAAAUAACAAAAAGAACCCCGAUAUUAAAAUCCCUAAAAAUGUGACUGAAACACAUUUGCCAGCGAAUCCAAACCAAAUCAGAUUGAAAACAAGAAGAAGAAGAUGGGAGGAAUGGGAGAGCAGUCAAGACCAAACAAAUCAAGCAAGGUGUUGUUCAAAUUUGGUAAACAAUUCAAGAUGUCGUUGGGGUUUGGUGUGCUGCAAUUUUGCUUCUCUGUGAGGUUCCUCUUUUGUCUUCUCACUAGGGAACCUUGUUGGUGGUUGGUGUUGGUGAUGGCAUUGUUUUUGGGUGGGCUGUGUGAUUUGUUUUUGGUUUUUUCUUUUUAGUUGGUGGUUGGAAGGUGGGACAUGCGGCUUUGUUGGUGAGUGCUUUGGGAUUAUGUUUUAUUUUUUUUGUUGGUUCUGUCAUGUAGUGGUGUGGUUCUCUUCAAGGAAGGAGGCAAGGCUUGGAGGCUAUUGGGCUUUUAGUUCUUGGAGUUUUUGCAGCAGAUGGGUGCUUGGCAGGUGGCUGGUGUUAGCGGUCUGGUGUGUGACUUCUUUGUUGGUUGGUCUACUGAUGGUUCUCGGUUUUCGUUCAAUUGGUGUGUGUUUGUGAGAGUGUUUCAUGUGGUCUCUCAGAGGUGGUUUUGAGACCCUAGGGGUUGGGUUCUCUGCUCUUGGGUUUUAAUUUAAAAAAAAAAUUGCAUAUUUUAAACACCAAUAAAAAUGAACAGGAAUAAUACUUUGCGUACUAACGGAUUUUACUAACCAGUGUACUAACCUUUGUUAAAAUCACACAUAGUACCCGUACUAUGCGUAUGGUACCUGUACUAUGCUUUAAGUGUACACUGGUUAGUAAAAUCCAUUAGUACCCAUAGCAUUAUCCAAAUGAACAGAUGGCAAGCAGCUCUUUCAGUCCUUCUUUAUGCCAUGUAUUUUGUUUCUUACAAAUUUUUUUUUUUUUAAACUGUCUCAUCCCUCUUUCUCUUUCUUUACUCUUCUUUUUGUUGGGUGCCUCAUUCUCUUUCUUUACUCUUCUUUUUGUUGGGUCCCUCAUUCUCUUUCUCUCUCUUUCUCUAUAUUUGUGUAUUUUCUUUCUUAUCAUUUUUUUUUUGGAAAUUGUCUCAUCCCUCUUUCUCUUUCUUUACUCUUUUGUUGGGUCCCUCACUCUCGCUCACUCUCUCUCUCAAACUCAAAGCUCCAUCAUUAUUAAAUCCUCUUCACACAACACAAUGUAGCUCUCAAAACCAAACAAAACCCUCUUCUUCUCUUUUCUCUUCUUUGUUUUUCUUUUUUUUGUUAAUAUGACUGAGUCAGAGUCCUUGAACAAUGCCAUCUUUUGGUUACCUUCUAAGUUUGAAGAUAUAUUGAAAACUGCAUUUUUUUAUUGGUUCGCAAGCCGACUUGAAUUUGGCUCGUUAAUCUGGCUCGCGAGCCAGGCUCGAACUCGGCUUCUCCCUUCAACGAGUCGAGUCGAGUCAAUAAUUUUUUGACUCGGCUCGACUCGAACUCGUUUUCCUUUUUCUUUUCAUGAGCCGAGCUCAUUAAGCCAAAAACUCAGCUCGGCUCGGCUCAACUCGUAAACAGCCUUACCAAUGAGGGCAAAAACUAUGUAUCAAACGUUUCAUUACUGUUUAUGCAAUAUUGUAAAAUUUAUGUACUGUUGUUCAAUUUUGUUUACUCGGAGCAACAGUAAUAUAUGUAUU